AUGGAUUUUAUCAUUUUCCAGCAACUCCGUAUCAGGCGAUCUUUCUCUCGCAGCUCAAUUAACCGUGGGAACAACAUUAGCGCAACAGGUGUUGGAGUCCAUUCCCAAUUUCCUGACCGAUUUCCCAUCUCGACGAGUUUUACCUUGGCCCGACUUGGUCAGAGACCCAGUCUCCUUGGUCCAAUUCAGCAACCGCAACCACCACCCAUACAGCCUCAGUCUGCAAACGUGAUGCUUUCUAUUACCCCAGGAUCGCUCAGUCUUACCACUGGGUCUGUUGGUACUAGCAAUAUGCGGAUUGCUUGCGUAUCCAUUCUCCACUUGAACAUUUGUUGA